AACACCACAGUCCACAAUCAAAGAUUUCUACACAAAUUGGAACUUCUGCAUAGUACAAGUGUACGACUCCUUUCUUGUAGAGUCCAAUUUCAUCAGAUCUUCUACCUCACAGCCAUAGCCAUAGCCAUAGCCAUAGCCAUAGCCAUAGCCAUAGCCUUAGCCUUAGCCUUACUCAGAAAAAAUGGAGCAGUUGAAGACCAUUGGAAGGGAGCUCGCAAUGGGAUCCCAAGGAGGUUUCGGACAAUCGAAAGAAUUCCUAGAUCUCGUCAAAUCAAUCGGUGAAGCUCGAUCUAGGUCUGAAGAAGACCGCAUCGUUCUUCAUGAGAUCGAAACCCUAAAACGUCGAAUCAUCGAACCGGAUAUCCCUAAAAGGAAGAUGAAAGAGUUCAUUAUUCGUCUUGUUUAUGUAGAGAUGUUAGGUCAUGAUGCUUCUUUUGGAUACAUUCAUGCUGUUAAAAUGACUCAUGAUGAUAAUAUACUCCUUAAACGAACUGGAUACUUAGCUGUUACCCUUUUUCUCAAUGAUGAUCAUGAUCUUAUCAUCCUCAUUGUUAAUACUAUCCAAAAAGACUUGAAAUCUGAUAAUUAUCUUGUUGUUUCUGCUGCUUUGAAUGCUGUUUGUCGAUUGAUCAAUGAGGAGACUAUUCCUGCUGUUUUGCCUCAAGUUGUUGACUUGCUUAAUCAUCCUAAAGAGGCUGUUAAGAAGAAGGCUGUUAUGGCUUUGCAUCGCUUUUUUCAGCAGUCACCUUCUUCUGUUUCUCAUCUCGUCUCCAAUUUCCGUAAGAAGCUAUCUGAUAAUGAUCCGUCCGUCAUGGGUGCUGCACUUUCUCCUCUAUUUGAUCUGAUUAAGAUUGAUGCAAAUUCCUAUAAGGAUUUAGUUGGAAGCUUUGUGAGUAUCCUAAAACAAGUAGCAGAAAGGAGAUUGCCCAAAAGCUAUGAUUAUCAUCAGAUGCCUGCUCCAUUUAUUCAGAUUAAAUUGUUAAAAAUUCUGGCAUUGCUGGGUAGUGGUGAUAAGCACGCGAGUGAACAGAUGUACACUGUUCUGGGUGACUUAAUUAGGAAGGCUGACGCAUCUAGCAACAUUGGAAAUGCUGUUCUAUAUGAAUGUGUCUGCUGUGCAUCUGUCAUACAUCCCAGUGCAAAAUUAUUGGAAGCUGCAGCUGAUGCAAUAUCAAAGUUUCUGAAGAGUGAUAGUCAUAAUUUGAAAUACAUGGGCAUUGAUGCACUUGGCCGACUGAUCAAGCUAAGUCCAGAAGUUGCAGAACAACAUCAGUUGGCAGUGAUAGAUUGCUUGGAGGAUCCAGAUGAUUCCCUCAAGCGAAAAACAUUUGAAUUACUAUACAAGAUGACCAAGUCCUCUAAUGUUGAAGUAAUUGUUGAUCGUAUGAUUGAUUACAUGAUAAACAUCAAUGAUAGUCAUUAUAAAACUGAAAUUGCAUCGCGGUGUGUUGAACUUGCUGAGCAAUAUGCCCCAAGUAAUCAAUGGUUUAUUCAGACGAUGAACAAAGUUUUUGAGCAUGCAGGUGAUUUAGUAAACAUCAAGGUGGUGCACAACUUAAUGCGUUUGAUUGCGGAGGGAUUUGGAGAGGAAGAUGAUAUUGUAGAUGGUCAGCUGAGAUUAUCUGCUGUUGAGUCAUAUUUGCAAAUCAUUGGUGAGCCAAAGCUUCCGUCUACAUUCCUUCAAGUUAUUUGUUGGGUAUUGGGUGAGUAUGGAACUGCUUAUGGGAAAUAUUCUGCUUCAUACAUUACUGGCAAGCUUUGUGAUGUAGCAGAAGCUUAUUCAACUAAUGAUACAGUCAAGGCUUAUGCACUUACAGCUAUUAUGAAGAUCUACGCAUUUGAAAAAGCAGCAGGGAGAAAAGUGGACAUGCUUCCUGAGUGUCAGUCACUAAUUGAAGAACUGUCAGCAUCCCAUUCAACAGAUUUGCAGCAGCGUGCAUAUGAACUGCAAGCAGUCAUUGGUUUGGAUGCUCAAGUUGCUGAAAGCAUACUGCCUUUUGAUGCAAGCUGUGAGGACAUUGAGGUUGACAAAAACCUCUCAUUCCUUAAUGGCUAUGUGCAACAAGCUAUAGAAAAUGGGGCUCAACCUUACGUGUCUGAGAAUCAACGUUCUGGAAUACCAAAUAUCAACAACUUUUUAAGCCAAACUCAAAAUGCGCCAUCCACUCAUGGACUUAGGUUUGAGGCUUAUGAGCAUCCAAAGCCUGUCGAGCAGCCAAAGCCUAAUCUGGUUUCACAUGUGCCUUCAACAGAACUUGUCUCUGUGCCAGAGCCAUCUUAUACUAGAGAAAAUCACCAUGUUGCAUCAGUAAGACCAUCUUCUGAUGCUGAAUCAAAUGAGAUCAAGCUACGGCUUGAUGGGGUCCAAAAGAAAUGGGGAAGGUCGAAUUAUUCCUCUACGUCUUCUACUUCAAGCUCUUCGCAGAAUGCUAACGGUCUUUCACAACGUGAUGCGGGUGCUGUAAGCUUAAAACCUCAUGAUACUUCUUACAACUACAAAAAACAGCAAGUGGAAAUCGAUCCGGAGAAACAGAAACUUGCUGCUUCACUAUUUGGUAGUACAUCAAAGGCAGAGAAACAAACGUCUUCAACUAGCUAUAAAUCUACGAAAGCAUCCAGUCGUGUUGAGAAAUCCCAAGAAACAAAAGCUGUGGCAGAGGUACCACCACGAGCGCCUCCCCCACCUGAUUUGCUUGAUUUGGGUGAGCCUGAUAACACAAGUAGUUCAGUUAUUGAUCCUUUCACACAGUUGGAAGGCCUUCUAGAGCAAAAUCCCGGUGCAUCAUCUACAACUACAUAUAAUUCUAGCUUCGUCAGUUCUACCAAAGAGUCAGAUCUUAUGUCACUCUAUGGAGGUGUUCCGAUGAACACGCAACCUGGCUUUGUGGAUACUAGUAAAGAUAGUGAACUUUUAUUUGGGUCCACCAAUAAAAAUGGGGAUGCCCUACAAUCACAAGGAAGCAAGGGCUUUAAUCUGAAGGAUGCAUUGCAAAAGGAUGCAUUGGUUAGGCAGAUGGGUGUUACCCCAACUAGUCAAAAUCCGAAUUUGUUCAAGGACUUGUUUGGCUAAGGUACUCCAAAUCUACGAAACUAGAGUAUGUCGCUUGGCCGGGAAAAGCAGAGCAGGGCACAAAUGUAAAGGAUUUCAGGUAAACGAAUGGGUUUACCGUUAAAUUUGGAUGGUUCGAUACUGUUAUUGCUCUUAGAUGAUGUAUUUGUAGAAAUAGCACCAUUUUAAGAUCUUGGUGGGUGUAUAUUUGGGAUCUCCUUUAGUAAUUCAUACGGAGCUUAUUUUCUUUCUUGCAUAUGCUGAGAUUUGGUAUAAAUUUUGGUGCAUUUUACCCACGCCUUGAUUAUUGUCUAAUGUAAGAUGUUGUAAUAAUGGAAAUAAUAAAAUUAUGAGUUAAUUUCUCUUUA